CUUCAAACUUUUCAAAUUUUUAGAUUUUUUAAAAUGAUAAAUAAUUGGGUUGAUGAUGAAUUACACAAAAUUCUUGGAUAUAGUGACUCAGCCACUGUUGCUUUUAUUAUUGCACAAGCUAAGAAAUCGACAGAUAAUGAAGAUUUUAUAGAAAGAUUGAGGGGAUCUUUUGAUGAAAUUACUAAUGAUGUUAAAAUAUUUGCCUCGAAAUUGUUAGAUAAAGUGCCGCGGACUGUCAAAAAAUCAUUACCAAAACAAAAAGGAUUAUCACAAUUAGAAUUGGAAAAUUUAAAUAUAAAAAGAUUAAAUGCAACACUUAAACCUUUGGAUGACGAAGAUGAUUAUGAACCUUCUACAAGUUUUGAUAUUGGAAAGAAAAUUGAAUCAAGAAAGAAAGGAAGAAGUACACGAAAACGUUGGGAGAGUAGUAGUGAGGAAGAAGAAGAAGAUAUUGGGGAACAACAAAAGACUUCUCCUCCUGCCAAGAAAGAUAUAAAAGAAGACGAUAAAAAUUCUUCAGAAGAAUCAGAUUUCGACAAAUUAGAAGAAGAAACUCAAAAAGAUAUAGAGGAAAGGGAUGCUCUUUCAAAACGAAUAAAAGAAAAGGAAAGUAAAAAUACUCGUCAUAUAAUGUCAAAAUCUGAGGCUAGAAGUUUUGCUGAAGCACAAAAAAGAUUAAAAUUAGAAAAUGAAAGCAAAGAAGAUAAAGAAGAAAUGUUGAAUAAAUUACGUUAUGAAAGUAGAAAAAGUUAUUUAAAUAAAAGAAAAGAAGAUAAAAGAAUGGAAUUGGAGGCACAAGUUAGGGAUGAUGAAACUCUUUUUGCUCGAGAAAGAUUAACAAAAAAAGAGCAAUUGGAUGUUAAAUAUCGAAAAGAAGUUCUAAAUUUCGUUAAAAAAUAUGAUGAAGCUGGGAAUAUACUUAAACAGAAAAGAUAUCACGUACCAGAUACAUCAUCCAAAACAAUUCCUGAGGAUUAUAUUGAAGAACCAGAAUUACCUGGAGGUUCUGGACGUUUAUGGGAAGAGGAAAAAUUAAUGGCUGCUGUUUUUCAUACAGGAGCUAAGGAUGCUAUUAACAAGAAAGAAGACUUGGGUUUAUUAUUGGAUGAUGAACACAUAGAUUUUGUUGAAGCUUUACAGCAUUUGGAAGGAACAAAAGAAAAUGAAGAAAAAGUUUUGUCUGCAGAAGAAAAAUAUAAAUUAAGUUUGCAAGAAACGAGAAGAACAUUACCCGUAUUUUCAUAUAGAGAUGAAUUUAUUGAAGCGGUUAAAGAACAUCAAAUAUUAAUAAUUGAGGGGGAGACAGGUUCAGGCAAAACAACACAAUUACCUCAAUAUUUGUAUGAAUCUGGAUUUUGUUCAGAAAAUAAAAGAAUUGGAUGUACACAACCUAGAAGAGUUGCAGCGAUGAGUGUUGCUGCUAGAGUUUCUGAAGAAAUGAAUACAAAAAUUGGGGCUUUGGUUGGAUAUACAAUUCGAUUCGAAGAUUGUACUUCAGAAAGAACAAAAAUUAAAUAUAUGACGGAUGGAAUGCUUUUGAGAGAAUUUCUUAAUGAACCUGAUUUGGCUUCUUAUAGUGUUUUAAUGAUUGAUGAAGCUCACGAACGAACAUUACAUACAGAUGUUUUGUUUGGUUUAGUCAAAGAUAUUGCUCGUUUCCGAAAAGAUCUAAAACUUUUAAUUUCAUCGGCUACUCUGGAUGCUUUAAAAUUUUCUACAUUUUUUGAUGAUGCACCAAUUUUUAGAAUUCCCGGAAGAAGAUUUCCAGUCCAAAUUUAUUAUACAAAAGCGCCAGAGGCUGAUUAUUUGGAUGCUGCAAUGAUAUCUGUUCUUCAAAUUCAUUUAACUCAACCUUUACCUGGUGAUAUUUUAGUAUUUUUAACUGGGCAAGAAGAAAUUGAAACUGUUCAGGAAGCGUUACAAGAAAGAAUUAAAUUACUUGGUUCAAGAAUUAAAGAAUUAAUUGUUUUGCCUAUUUAUGCUAAUUUACCCACAGAAUUACAAUCAAAAAUAUUUGAACCAACACCUCCAAAUGCUAGAAAGUGUGUUUUAGCUACAAAUAUUGCAGAAACUUCAGUUACAAUUGAUGGUAUUGUUUAUGUAAUAGAUCCAGGUUUUGUCAAACAAUCUUCUUAUGAUGCUAGAGGGGGAAUUGAUCAUUUAAAUAUUGUUACUAUAUCAAAAGCUGCUGCAAAUCAAAGAGCUGGUAGAGCAGGGAGAACUGGACCUGGAAAGUGUUUUAGAUUAUAUACUUCUUGGGCAUAUCAAUAUGAAUUGGAAGAUCAACCUAUACCUGAAAUUCAAAGAAUUAAUUUGGGAAAUGUUGUUUUGAUGCUUUUAAGUUUGGGAAUUACUGAUUUGGUUCAUUUUGAUUUUCUGGACCCACCUCCAUACGAAGCUUUAGCAGCUGCAUUAGAACAUUUAUAUGCUCUUGGUGCUUUAAAUCAUAAAGGAAUGUUAACAAAAUUGGGUCGAGAAUGGCUGAAUUUCCUUGUGAUCCUGCAAUGUCAAAAAUGGUUAUGGCAUCAGAAAAAGGAAAUUAUUACAAUUGCAGCAAUGCUUUCUGUCAACGCUGCAAUUUUUUACAGACCAAAAGCAAUGGUAAUUCAUGCAGAUACUGCAAGAAAAGGUUUUUGGUCUGCAGGCGGAGAUCAUUUAACUUUACUUAAUGUUUUUAAUAAAUGGAGAGAAACUAAUUUUUCUUUGCAAUGGUGUAUUGAAAAUUUUGUACAACAUAGAACAAUGAAAAGAGCUAGAGAUAUUCGAGAUCAAUUGGAAGGUUUACUUGAAAGAGUUGAAAUUGAGCCGAAGUCUUCAAAUAAUCCAUUAAAUAUACAAAAAGCAAUAACUUCUGGUUAUUUCCAUAAUUUGGCUACUUUAGACAAAGGUGGACAUUACAAAACAGUUAAACACAGACAUACAGUACAAACACAUCCAAAUUCUUGUUUAUUCGAAGACAGACCUAGAUGGGUUAUUUAUUACGAAUUAGUAUUUACUUCAAAGGAAUUUAUGCGUGAAAUAAUUGAAUGUGAUCCAAAAUGGAUAGCUGAAGUUGCCCCACAUUAUUACAAACAAAAUCAACUCGAUGACAUUGCACAAAAGAAAAUGCCAAAACAAAUGGGAAAAACAAAAGAAGAAUUAACUGGAAGUUGA